AUGGACACAGAAAUCUCGACAGACGCGUCACUUGAGUCUGUGCAGUCUGAUGACGAGGAUACAGACACCUCUGUUGAUACCUGCAACCCCAACAGAAGUUGCCCUGAUCUGAGAAGCGUCACCGAAGACACUCUCAAAGAUCAUAAAAACACGAUUGCUAAUUUAGAAACGAGACUACAGACGGCUGAGGAGGAAAUCAACAAUUUAAUAUUGGAAAAUGGUACAUUAAAAAAGGUACUUGAAGAAAGGGAACAGACCAUCAAAAAGUUGACCCACAUAUGUUCAUCCCCAGCUGAUUCAAUAAAAAAGAAAAAACGGAAUCGGAAAAACCUUAGUAGUAUAAAAAUGGACGUAAGUCAAACGGAAGUCAUAACUUCUGAUGAUAAAAUAGAACACAUACAGUCAGAUACUAACCAAAGUGAGGCCUCUGGGAGCAUUAGUCCUCCUGUUCGUUGUUAUCAGACCGACCAAUCUCCUAGUCGUUAUGACCAGGCUGACCAGCCUCCUGAUCGACAUGACCAGGCCGACCAUCCUCCUGAUCGUCAUGCCCAGGCCGAUCAGCCAAAUCAGGAACCCACAUCAACUCCAGUAAAACAGAUCAGCGAAUCAAGCAAAUGUACUGUUAAGGCAGCAGGCAACGAAAAACAGGUCAAACUAUGCAUACUCAGCAAUCACCAUAAGAAGCUACGUACUCUUCAAGCCAUACAGAGCACAUUCGAUCAAGACGCUGACUUCUGUCACUAUACCGUCCCUAACGGUGGAAUAAAGGCACUUUUAAGUAACUUAGAUAAUAAGCUAAAACACUUCACUCUCAACGACUACUGUAUAAUUUUUUUAGGUGAAAAUGACAUAAGUAGGUCUGAAUGUACCAUCACAUUAGUAAAUUAUUUAAGAGAGACACUUAAAAAAAUAACACAUACGAAUAAAAUUAUUUGUCUCCCAACUUAUGUUUGCGGAGCUCUUAUUUACAAUUACAAGGUGGAAAUGUUUAACAAUUUACUGACUAUGGACAUGCAAACCAACAAUUAUGCCUAUAUUUUUGAUACGAAUCGUGACCUAACACUUGAUAUGUUUUCAUACAGCUCCGGUAAAAUCAUGAAACGUGGUAUUAGAAGUGCACUUUUAAGUUUAAAUCAAUUUAUAGCUGAAAUUCAAGAUAGGCCGGGAUGCAUUAAUGAAUCCAUUUAUAGUGCGCAUUCCUUAAACGGAUACAAGGUCAACGAAACAAUAGGCGGAAAAAACGCUCCUCUCGGUUGCGAGCGCGCGUCCGACGCCGAUGCCGCUCCCGAUGAGACUAAUAAAAAUAGUGUUAAUAAUUGUUUUGAAUCAGAGACCGGGAACCUGUUUUUUCGGACAUGCAGCCAGCACUUGUAAUGAUAAGUGUGAGAAUUUUAUGAUAUUACAUCAAAAUAUAUGUGGACUGCUUAAUAAACUCGAUAUCUUAGAAAUUACUUUAAAUGAGUUUCAAAAUAACCACCAAAAUAUUGACGUCUUAUGUUUGAGUGAAACUUUUGUUAAAAAGGGCUCGGAACAUAACAUAAAAUUAAAUAAUUUCAAAUUGGCGUCAUCGUAUUGUAGGGAAAAAAACAGAGGUGGCACAGCGAUAUUAGUUAGGAAAACAUUAGAAUUUAAGUCCAUAGAAAUUGUGCCAAAGUUAGCUUCUAACUUCUAUUUUGAGUGUUGUGGCGUUGAAAUCAGUGGCAUUAAUUUAAUAAUACUUGCCAUUUAUAGGAUACCACAACAAACUCAGUCGCAUUACAAUAUCUUUCUACACAAACUUGAAACUUUGCUUCAAUUUAUAUCUCUUAAGUACAAAAAGAAAAAGGUUGUUGUUUGCGGUGACUGGAAUAUAGACACAUUGAAAGAUAAUUCAGUUACCCGGGAUCUGUCUAGUCUACUAAGUAGUUACAACUUUACAAUGCAUAUAAAUACGCCAACUAGGAUUAACACCUGCAUUGAUCAAAUUGCUAGCAAUAUUCGUAAUGUAAAAUCGGAAACCCACCGCCUCGACCUCUCAGACCAUGACAGAGCUCAAUCGAUCAUAUUAAACAUUAAUAAAAUCAAGUCCUGUAAGACCUGGUUUGAGAUGACAAGAGACUACUGUCGUGACAAUGUGCAAAAGUUCUAUGAUAGCGUAAAAGCUUUGUCAUUUUCCGACGUUAUGAGUUCGAAUAAUGCCCAGGAAGCAUUCAACACUUUUUAUGACUUAUUAAGACUAUUCUAUGACUUAUGCUUUCCCCUGAUUAAAGUCAAAAUUAAUAGUAGACAAAAUAAAGUUAAGUGGCUCUCGAAAGGUAUCCGUAAGUCAUGUCAAGUAAAACGACAAAUGCUUUUCCAAAAUAGAAAUAGUGGUUACUAUUAUUUUUGAUCUUUAUAAAUGAUCUUCCUAAAGCCAUAACGCCCAAAACCAUACUUUUUGCGGAUGAUACAACUAUAGUAGUUAAAAGCCAAGAUUGUUGUACAUACGAGUCUGAUAUCAAUAAAGCCUUAUCUGAUACGAAUAACUGGAUGGUCGAUAAUAACCUUCUCAUCAAUUUUACUAAAACGCAGUAUAUGCAGUUUCAUUCAUACGGGGCAAAACCGCCAGAUAUCAAUAUCAGUAUUAAUAAUAUUAGGCUACAAAAAAGUAAUGCAAUUAAAUUUUUAGGUUUAUACAUUGACUCGUCACUUAACUGGAAAGAACACAUUAACUCGAUCUGCUUAAGGCUUGACCGAUUCAUAUUUGCUUUGAGAAAGCUACGGCAGUCCGUAUCUCCUGAAGCAGCAGUUACAGCUUAUCACGGGCACGUUGCAUCCAUACUUAGCUACGGACUCAUCCUAUGGGGUAACUCAGUGGAUGUUGAAAGGGCAUUUAAACUCCAAAAGAGAUGUGUUCGAGCAAUAACAAAUAAUCGGAUUGGAAGUAGCUGUAGACCACUAUUUAAACAGCUGAACAUCUUACCAUUAGCGUGUAUGUAUAUAUUGAAAAUUUGUUGUUUUGUCAAAAGUCAUCCAAAA